UCAUGUCUCAUGUGGAUGAAGCAGCCCGCCGGCUGUCCAAAAGUGGGUCAACCCUCUAUGCAGUGCUGGAGCUUAAGAAGGGUGCCUCACCUGAAGACGUCAAAAAGGCCUACAGGAGACUGGCCUUGAAGUAUCAUCCAGACAAGAAUCCAGGGGACGCUCAAGCAGCAGAAAUAUUCAAAGAGAUCAACACAGCCCACUCCAUACUGAGUGACCCUAAGAAGCGGAAAAUCUACGACAAGCAUGGCUCAUUGGGAAUAUAUAUACAUGAUCACUUUGGCGAAGAAGGCGUCAGAUACUAUUUUACGCUGAAUAGUUGUUGGUUCAAGACACUUGUCCUCCUGUGUGCUCUGCUGACCUGUUGCUGUUGUUGCUGCUGCUGCUGCUUUUGCUGUGGAGCACUUAAGCCACCACCUGAUGAGGCUGCCAGGAGAAAAUAUCAGCAGAAUGUCCAGAAUCAGCCUUCAAGGUCAGGUGAGAACCAGAGACAGGGACUGAGGUAA